AAGUAAGUUUUACAAGACAAGAGUCUCUCCUCUCCUUCAUUGGUCUAUGUUAAAUUGUCACCUGGUGGUGUUGUUGGAUAUAAAAGAGAUUAAUCUCAUUGGGGUUUUCUGCAGUUUCUCUGAAGUCUCUGUGGGUUGAUUGAAGAAAAAGAGAUUAAAAUUAUGGGGGAUGAGGAGCACAAGAAAGCCAAAUCUGAUCCUGAAAAGCAUGCACUUUUUGAAGAAGGAAAAGCAGCACCACAAAAGGACUUGGAUCAAGAGAAUGGAUUGAUCCCACCUUCUGAAAAGGUUGCAGAUCUUUGGACUGAUAGAAGUUCAAGGGGUUCUGUUGAUAGAGAUGCUGCAUUUUCAAGGGUUGAAACCGAUAAAAGAUUGGCUUUAAUCAAAGCAUGGGAGGACAAUGAGAAGGCCAAAUCGGAUAACAAGGCAUGUAAGAAGCUUUCGUCGAUCGGAGUUUGGGAGAAUGGCAAGAAAUCUUCUGUGGAGGCAAAGUUGAAGCAAAUUGAGGAAAAACUGGAAAAGAAAAAGGCCGAGUACGCGGAGCAAAUUAAGAACAGAAUAGCAGAAAUCCACCGAGAAGCAGAAGAGAAGAAAGCCAUGGUUGAAGCAAAGAAAAGUGAAGAGUUUAUAAAGAUUGAUGCAAGUGCAGAGAAAUUUCGCGCAACGGGAACUAUACCAAAGAAGUUUUUUUCAUGCUUUAGCAGCUAGUUUGCUCUACUUUUACGCCUGCUCGAUCGAUCAUCCAUGUUUGGUUUUGGCUUUGGAAUUGUCUCUAGUUUUGUGCUACAGAACAAUAUAAGUAUAUGUUUUUGUAUGUGAUUGUCAUUGAACUUAUCAAAUGUCAUAACAACCUUGAUUAUAC